AUGGAGUCUGCCAACGGAGUAGAACCCGGCACCGAGACCGGCAGUUCCGCAGGGACUUGGGCCGCGGCUCAAGCUCCAACAGGAGAUUUCUCGACUGCGUCUUCUCACGAAAGCGAAGAGGGCAGCUCGGUGCCAGAGUGGCAGCAAGAAGUUCACAGCCAACCGUUGGUGGGCGGAGUGGAGAGCUUGAGCAGUCUGCUCCGCGAUUUCGAAGGGAACGAGGCUUUGUGCAGGAAGACCCGUGCUUUCAUCAGAGAGCAGCAGAGAAGCGAUGCCGGCGCACACGAAGGUCAACUGCCAACGGAAACAACUGAGCGCAUUCCUUCCGGCCCUGAAGCACCUGGUGACGAAGAGCGCGGCGCUGGAAAAGAAUCUGAUGGCCUGUGGGCUAUGCGAAGAAUACGCAAAGACGGUUGCUGCUUCUAUCGUGCGUACAUGUACGGCCUCUUCCUCUACUUUCUCCGGCGUCCGCAACUGAUAAGGGGGUUUGUCGCGCGUAUCAACGACGACCUCCUUCCCCUCAUCCAGCAAGCCAACGGGGGCGCAGAGACCGUGGCGGACUUCGCUGAAGAGACGGUUGAGAGCCUCGAGAAGUUGGAGGCGCCAGAGUCGGACGUCGCCACGCUCGACAGCAUCUUCAAUGACAUGUCGAGCAGCAACUACAUCGUUGUAUUUGCGCGGCUACUGGCGUCAACGCACUUGAAGCUAAACAGCGAGAUGUAUUUGCCUUUCGUUACUGCCUAUGCGACAGUAGAAGAGUACUGCUCCCACGAAGUGGAUCCGAUGUGGGUAGAAGCGGAGCAGCUGCAGAUAACCGCUCUAACAGCCAUGACGCAGAUGCCUGUUGAGAUUGUGUAUUUCGACCAGUCUCCUGGCGACGAGCCAACCCGCCAUAUAUUUCCGCAGGCGAAGGAGGCGGAUAUCCACUUGAUAUAUCGGCCGGGGCAUUACGACAUUUUUUUCUACUCGCCCGUGGAAAAGCGGCAGUCCGCGACCGCGCAGAGUGUCGUCUUCCUUCCCAUGGGCAGUGACGCCUUUCCGCCCCGAAAAUCUCUGUCAGGGUGCCCAGCUGAUGGAUGA